AUGCAGAUCGAACAUGGUCGCGAGCCGACCGACGACCAGGCGCUGGCCCGGCUGGGCAAGAAGCAGGUGCUGAAACGUCGAUUCAACCUCGUGUCGAUCGUUGGCUUUGCGAUGGCCGAGCUGAUCACCUGGGAGACGGUGCUUACUCUCUUCUCCCAGUCAAUGGACAAUGGCGGCCCCGCGGGUGCCUUCUAUGGCUAUAUCAUCGCCUGUCUGUCGACCUUGUCAACAUAUACGGUCAUCGCUGAGUUGGCUUCCAUGGCGCCCAUUGCCGGCGGGCAGUAUUACUGGGUCUACAUGCUUGCGCCAAUGCGCUGGAAGAAGGUGUGUAGCUAUCUGAUUGGCUGGCUGACCUCUCUUGCCUGGAUCGCCACGAUCGCAACGGAGACCAUCUUCCUCGGCACGAUGAUUGAGGGUCUCAUCACCUUGAACAACCCGGAUUUCGCUCAGCAGCGCUGGCAGAAUACCCUGUUGGCCUGGGCGAGUGUGGCGGGCACCUUCUUCAUUAACGUCGUGGUGCCGAACAUUCUUCCCCGUUUCGAAAUCGGCAUGUUGGUUUUGCAUCUAGCUGGCUUCAUCGCCAUCACGGCCGUUCUUCUGGCCAUGUCACCCAAGAAAUCGGCGGAUUUUGUGUUCCACACAACGCUGAAUGAAGGAGGCUGGCCCACACAAGGAAUGUCAUACUGCGUUGGCUUCAUUGGAAACGUUGCUACUUUUGUUGGGGCCGACGCCAGCGUCCACAUGGCCGAAGAGGUCUCCAAUGCCGCAAUUGUGAUCCCUCAGGCGAUCAUCGCGGCCAUGUCCAUCAACAGCGCUCUCGGACUCUCCAUGAUGCUCACGGUCUUGUUCUGCCUAGGCGACGUCACGUCUGUGCUGAACACCGCCACAGGCUUCCCUUUCAUUCAAAUCUUCUACGACGUCACGCACUCGUACGCCGGUGCAUCGGUCAUGACCGCCCUCAUCAUGGUGCUGACCAUGGCCUGCUCGACCGGUAUCACGACGACCGCAUCUCGUAUGACCUGGUCCUUUGCGCGAGACCAGGGCCUGCCCUUCUCCCAUUUUUUGAAGAGUGUGAAUCAUCGCACUAAAGUCCCCAUCGUAUCUGUCUCCGUAGUCUGUGGUCUUGCGUGUGCCCUGACGCUCAUUUACAUCGGCUCCACCACCGCCUUCAACGACGUUAUCUCCCUCACCGUGACCGGAUUCUACAGCACCUACUUCCUCCCUAGCGCGUUCCUUCUCUACCAUCGGAUCAAAGGCAACAUGCUGCCCCACGGCACCAUAAUGGAUGGCCUCCCGGACGCAGCCGCAGUCGCAGCCGCGGCUACCAGCACCACUGCUAAUACCGAGGAGAAGCAUGCCACCCCUGUGCGUCCUAAGCGCCCCGUGAACAAGGACCUCCCCAGUCCAGGCCCUGCCCACAGCCCCGAACGCGACAUGCCCUCCAAGCGGGGUGUCCAGCCCACCGAGUUCGACAUCGCCCAGGCACCUUUGAUCUGGGGCCCGUGGAAGGUCCCCGGCAUCUUCGGCACUAUCAACAAUGCGUACGCUUGCGUGUAUAUGUUAUUUGUCAUCUUCUGGAGUGUGUGGCCUCCUGAGACCCCCGUGGAUUAUACGACCAUGAACUACAGUAUCGUCGUCACUGCCGGUGUGUUGAUUCUGAGCGGGAUCUGGUAUUUUGUCCGCGCCAGGAAAGAAUACUCAGGUCCCCUCAUCGACGAAGAGGUUGCAGAGAUAAUGCACCUUAGUCCCGCAGCGAUCGCCGCCGCCGUCCCGAAAACCGACUAG